CCUCGCCAAAGAGUCCAAUUGCUCUGAACCAUCAUCUUCAGCCUUCAUCACAACAAUCAACCACUCAACCAUCUUCAGCACAUUCGCUUCACUACUCAGCUUUAUAUAAUAUCUAUACCUCAUCAACUCAACAACUCAGUCAAGAUGCAGUUCUCCAGCCUCUUCAAGCUUGCUCUCUUCACCGCCGCAGUCUCUGCUGAUACCGUCUCGUACGAUACCGGCUACGAUGACGCUUCUCGCUCCCUGACUGUCGUCUCUUGCUCCGACGGCGCCAACGGCCUCAUCACCAGAUACCACUGGCAAACCCAGGGCCAGAUCCCUCGCUUCCCAUACAUUGGUGGUGUCCAGGCCGUCGCUGGCUGGAACUCCCCCAGCUGCGGCACCUGCUGGAAGCUCACAUACAGCGGCAAGACCAUCUACGUCUUGGCUGUUGACCACAGCGCUGCUGGAUUCAACAUUGGCCUCGACGCCAUGAAUGCCCUGACCAACGGUAACGCCGUUCAAUACGGACGUGUCGACGCCACCGCCUCUCAGGUCGCUGUGAGCAACUGCGGCCUCUAAGUCAUCAAAUUUGUCCGCUCGAGAACAAAACUUUUGGGUUUAGGCCUGGUUUGACCAUUAUGGAAUUGCAUCGCAUCAUUGGAUAUGGCAGGAACUGCAUUGGGAUUGAUUUUUACUUUCAUUUUUAUAUCAUGGGUAUACGGGAAUGAAGACUUGUUGGAUGUGUAAUGAGCAUUAAACGAGUUAAACGGCAGACGCUACUACUAAAUUAUACACAAUACCCUCAUCGGGCAUCAUUACUUUUAGUAUUUUGAUCAUAUCG